AUGGCUCCCGGUAAGCACGAUAUAGUCCUCAAGACCUUCCGACUGCUCAUCAGCGAUCUCUGCCAACAGUUCAACGGCGGCCAUCCAGGCGGCGCCAUCGGCAUGGCCGCCAUUGGCAUUGCCUUGUGGAGAUACGUGAUGAGCUACGCCCCUUUACAGCCAACUUUCUUCAAUCGAGACCGAUUCGUCCUGUCCAAUGGCCACACGUGCCUCUUCCAAUACGCAUUUCUGCAUCUGACGGGAUAUCGAGACAUGACAAUGGAUCAGCUCAAGUCAUACCACUCGAACCGCUGGGAUUCCAUUUGUCCUGGCCAUCCAGAGAUUGAGAUUGAAGGCAUCGAGGUGACUACCGGCCCUCUAGGCCAGGGAGUUGCCAAUGCCGUUGGGCUGGCCAUGGCUACCAAGAACCUUGCGGCCACGUAUAAUCGGCCCGGGUACGAAGUCGUGUCGAAUCAUACGUGGUGUAUGGUUGGCGAUGCUUGUCUGCAGGAGGGCGUGGCACUGGAGGCGAUCUCUUUUGCAGGGCAUCUCAAGUUGAACAAUCUGACUGUGAUAUACGACAACAACCAAAUCACUUGCGAUGGUUCAGUCGAUCUGACCAACACCGAAGAUGUCGACGCGAAAAUGCGAGCCUGCGGCUGGGAUGUGAUUUCAGUCGAGGAUGGAUGCUACGAUGUGGAUGGAAUCGUGACAGCAUUAGAAAGGGCAAAAUCUUCAACAGACAAGCCGACAUUCAUCAAUGUCAAAACAAUCAUCGGGCUGGACAGCGCCGUUGCCGGACAAGCAGAGGCUCAUGGAGCUGCUUUGGGUGCCGAUGAUGUCAAACGGAUGAAGCGCGCGUAUGGCUUCAAUGAAGACGAGUACUUUGUCGUUGGGGAUCCCGUCCGUCAGUUCUUCUCGGAUCUUCCCAGCCGCGGAGAGCAGAUUGUAUCACGGUGGAAUGACCUGGUGGAACAAUAUGCCGUUGCUCAUCCGCUGCUUGCUGAAGAGUUCCGGCGCCGUGUAGAUGGACAACUGCCGUCAGGUUGGAAGAGUCUCAUACCCAGACCCCAAGAUAUCUCUGAUAAGCCACUGGCGACGAGAGCAUCAUCUGGGCUGAUGAUCAAUCCUCUGGCCAAGGAGAUCAAAUUAUUCAUGGUGGGAACAGCAGACCUCUCGCCAUCUGUGCACAUGGCAUGGGAAGGCAAAGAAGACUUUCAGCAUCCUAACCUUCGCACAGCCUGCGGCAUCAACGGCUCUUACGCAGGCCGAUACAUCCAUUACGGCGUCCGCGAACACGCCAUGUGCGCCAUCUCCAACGGCAUGGCGGCCUUCUCCCCGGGGACCUUCAUCCCCGUCACGAGCUCCUUCUUCAUGUUCUACCUCUACGCAGCACCAGCCGUGCGAAUGGGCGCCCUCCAACGCCUCAAAGUGAUUCACGCAGCGACCCACGACUCAAUCGGGAUGGGCGAAGACGGCCCGACUCAUCAGCCAGUUGAACUUGCAGCGCUGUUUCGAGCAAUGCCAAACUUGCUGUAUAUCCGUCCUGCGGAUAGUGAGGAGACGGCUGGUGCUUGGAUUGCUGCCGUUGAAGCUGAGGGUGUGUCUUCCAUCAUCUCGACCUCGAGGCACAAGGUGCCGCAGCUGAAACAGACUCGACGUGAUGGUGUUGCAAGAGGGGCGUAUGUCGUCCAGGAGGAUGGUGAUGCUCAGCUCACCCUCAUUGGUGUAGGCGCCGAACUGUCACAUGUUUUGGGUGCUGCCAACCUGCUACUGGAGAAGCAUGGCAUUCGCUGCAGAGUCGUCAGCUUCCCAUGCCAGAGGUUGUUCGAAGGCCAGUCUCUGGAGUAUAAGAGGAGCGUAUUGCGGAGACACCAGGGAAUCCCAGCUGUUGCCGUCGAGCCGUAUGCACCAAAUGGUUGGGAACGAUAUGCUGAUGCGGGCAUAAGCAUGAGGCGGUUUGGCCAUAGUCUCCCUGGUCCUGAGGCGUACAAGUACUUUGGGUUUGACGUGGAUAGCAUCGUGUCCAAGGUAUUGGGAUACUUGGAGAGGAUUCGGCAAGAUGAGUUGUUGAAGAGAGAGUUUGUCGACCUGUAG